AUGUCUAAAUCGUCAAUGACUGGAGAAAGCGCCGAGACCACCAAAAACUUGGCCAGCGACUCCGAAACCAACUUGGCUCCCGGUGGUUCUGAGCCAUACCGUCUUCUGAUACAACUGGUUGCAAACGGGUAUUCCACAGACACCACCAAUGGUCUCACAUCGCAAACCGCCAAAGAUUUCUUGAAGAAAUACGGCGAAAACACCUUGGGUGCCGAGGACUCCAUCAGCUACAGCAAGAUCUUGGCCCACCAGGCGUUCAAUGCCAUGAUCAUGGUGUUGAUCAUCUCGAUGAUCAUCGCUCUCGCAAUCAAGGAUUGGAUUUCCGGAGGUGUCAUUGCGGGUGUUGUUUUCAUCAACAUCGGCAUUGGUUUCAUCCAGGAGGUCAAGGCCGAGAAAACCAUGGGUUCCUUGCGUUCCUUGUCGUCUCCCUCGGCGCGGGUCACCAGAAACGGUGACGACAUCACCAUUGCCGCCGAAGAGGUGGUUCCCGGUGACAUUGUGCACAUCAAGGUCGGUGACACCGUUCCAGCUGACUUGAGAUUGAUCGACACCAUGAACUUGGAGACCGACGAGGCUCUUUUGACCGGUGAGUCCUUGCCCGUCCAAAAGAACCACCAGGAGGUCUACCCGGAUGCUUCCAUUCGUAUUCCAGUCGGUGACAGAUUGAACAUGGCCUUCUCCUCUUCCGUGGUUGCCAAGGGUAGAGGUGUUGGUAUUGCUGUGGCCACCGGUAUGGAGACUGAAAUCGGUCAGAUUGCCAGCUCCUUGAAAUCGGACACUAAAUUGAUCAGAUCCGUGCAAAAGUCGAACGACGGUAAGGCUACCGCCAUGGACUACUCUCGUGCUGGUUUCGGCACCAUCAAAGAUGUGGUCGGUAACUUCUUGGGUGUGACCGUGGGUACUCCAUUGCAGAGAAACUUGUCCUGGUUGGCCAUUUACUUGUUCGGUAUCGCUGUUGUGUUCGCUAUUGUCGUCAUGGGCUCCCAAAAGAUGCACGUCAACAAGGAGGUUGCCAUCUACGCCAUCUGUGUGGCUUUGUCUAUGAUUCCUUCUGCAUUGAUUGUUGUCUUGACCAUUACAAUGGCUGUGGGUGCUCAAGUCAUGGUUUCUAAGCAUGUCAUUGUCCGUAAAUUGGACUCCUUGGAGGCCUUGGGUGGUAUCGAUGACAUUUGUUCCGACAAGACCGGUACCUUGACUCAGGGUAAGAUGGUGGUCAGAAAGGUCUGGGUUCCAUCUGUGGGCUCUUACUCCAUGGACAACUUUAACCUCCCAUUCGACCCAACUUUGGGUGACCUUUCCUUCUCUCCAUUCUCUCCAAGCUUCAUCAAAGAGACCGAUGAGGAAAUUGACUACCUUCCAGUGGACAAGACCACCGUUAAGGACAACACUCAGAACUUCAAGAAAUGGUUGAACACCGCUACUUUGGCCAACAUUGCCACUGUCGCUCAAAGCAAAGAAGAGCUGACCGGUGAACUCGUAUGGAAGGGACACGGUGAUGCCACAGAGGUCGCCAUUCAAGUUUUCUGCUGCAGAGUCGGAUACCAAAGAGAGCAAGUCUCUGCUGGUUUUGAGCACAUUGAGGAGUACCCAUUUGACUCCUCCAUCAAGAGAAUGUCUUCCAUUUACAAAAUGGAUGGAAAGACCAUGAUUUUCACCAAGGGUGCUGUCGAGAGAAUCUUGCGUAGAUGUACUCACUGGACCGGUAACCCUGAGGAGAAGACCGACACUCAAGAAUUGCAAGAGAUGACCGAGGAUGACAUCACUUUGAUCGAGGCCAACAUGAACGCUUUGUCUUCUCAAGGUCUCCGUGUCUUGGCUUUUGCUUCCAGAGAAUUCAACGACAAGACAGAUGACUUGCUGGACAGAGAGGGCAUUGAAUCCAACUUGACUUUCCACGGUUUGGUUGGUAUUUACGACCCUCCUCGUACUGAGACCGCUGGUUCCGUCAAGAAAUGUCACAAGGCUGGUAUCAAUGUCCACAUGGUGACUGGUGACCAUCCAUCUACUGCCAAGGCUAUUGCUCAAGAAGUCGGUAUUUUGCCACACAACUUGUACCACUACAGUGACGAUGUCGUCCAAGCUAUGUGUAUGACUGCCAACGAGUUCGACGAUUUGACUGAUGAACAAAUCGAUGCCUUGCCUGUUUUGCCUCUUGUUAUUGCCCGUUGUGCUCCUCAGACUAAGGUCAGAAUGAUCGAUGCUUUGCAUCGUAGAAAGAAGUUCUGUGCCAUGACUGGUGACGGUGUGAAUGACUCUCCAUCCUUGAAGAAGGCCGAUGUCGGUAUUGCCAUGGGUCUUAACGGUUCUGAUGUUGCUAAGGAUGCCUCUGAUAUUGUUUUGACUGAUGACAACUUUGCCUCGAUUUUGCAUGCCAUUGAAGAGGGCCGUCGUAUGACUGCCAACAUUCAAAAGUUCAUUUUGCAACUUUUGGCUGAGAACGUCGCCCAGGCCAUCUACUUGAUGGUCGGUUUGGCCUUCAUUGAUGAGUCCGGAUACUCUGUUUUCCCAUUGUCUCCUGUCGAAGUCUUGUGGAUUUUGGUUGUCACUUCCUGUUUCCCAGCCAUGGGUUUGGGUCAAGAGAAAGCCAUGGACGGUAUCUUGGAACAACCACCUAGCAGAAAGAUUUUCACUAGAGAAUUGGUUGUUGACAUGAUUGCUUACGGUCUCUUGAUGGCUGCUUCUUGUAUGUGCUGCUUCGUUAUUGUUGUCUACGGUAUCGGAAAUGGUGACUUGGGUUACGACUGUAACAGUACCUCUUCCAACCAUGAUGUGUGUGAUCUUGUUUUCAGAGGUAGAUCUGCCUCUUUUGCAACCAUGACCUGGUGUGCUCUUAUUUUGGCCUGGGAAUGUAUCCACCCUCUUCACUCUUUGUUCUACAUGCGUCAAGACACUGACAACUCUUGGUUUAAGCAGACUGCCAUUGACCUUUGGGGCAACCAGUUCUUGUUCUGGUCUGUUUUCGGAGGUUUCUUCUCUGUGUUCCCAGUUGUCUACAUCCCUGUCAUUAACACCAAAGUCUUCUUGCAUGGCCCUAUUUCCUACGAGUGGGGUCUUGCUAUUGCAUUCUCUCUCUUGUAUCUUCUUGAGUGUGAGGCCUGGAAGUGGGCCAGAAGAGUUUAUGGCCGUAAAUGGUCCCGCAAGGCCAGAAACCCUGAAUACGACUUGGAGAGAAAGGACCACUUCAGAAAGUACGCCUCUUUCUCGAGAUCCAACACCAUUGACCCAGAGAAGUUGUCGUAA